AUGACAUUUUGCCAUUCCCAGAAAUUGUUUAUUGUUGUUCUUAACAUCAGCUGUUUGUUGGCGGACUUGUAGAAACGUAAAGUAAAGCUAUCGCCUAAAAAACAUGAAAAUACUCCAAAAUAUGUGUAAAAAUGUCUUCGAAUAUCGACGGAAGGCGUUGUCAUUUCAUCCGAUAGUGUCGUCAACGAAACGUUACUACUGUUCUCGAUGGGAUAACACCAAACUUCGGGUUCUGUUUUUUGGAACCGACAACUUCUCGCUUCCCAGUUUACGAGUGCUGAAUGAAAGUUUAAAAUCAGGGGGCACCGUAUCAUCACUGGAGGUGGUCACCUCAUUCAAAGCCAAGAAAAACCCUUUGAAGCAGUAUGCUCAAAACGAGAACCUUGCACUGCAUUCUUGGCCUAUACAGCGGACGAGUAUUAAGGGUACCUUCGAUCUGGGGGUCGUUGUUUCGUUUGGACAUCUGAUUCCCGAAGAGCUCAUCGCCGGGUUUCGGUUAGGAAUGCUAAAUGUUCACGCUAGUUUACUGCCGAAGCUCAGAGGGGCAGCUCCGAUUGUACACGCAAUUAAAAACGGUGACAGCGAAACGGGAGUUACGAUUAUGAGGAUCAAACCGAAUCAUUUCGAUGUGGGCGAGAUCUUAACUCAGAGGAGAGUUCCGAUUGGGACAGACACCUUGAUGCCGGAACUUCACACUAAGUUGGCAGAAAUUGGGGCCUCCGCGCUAUUGAGUUGCAUAGAGAAUAUCGAUCAUUAUCUUGAAAACCUUAUAGCGCAACAUGACUGCGAUGCAACUUACGCUCCAAAAGUGACGCCUCAUUUUUCCAACAUCCGAUGGCACGGACAGAGUGCCAAAGAAGUUUAUGAUCUCUACCGAUCGCUGGUUUCCUACAAACCACUGACAACUCACUUGGACGGAAAGUUGGUCAAAAUGUUUAAAGUUAGCUACGAUCCUCAGCAGCAAUGCGACGUAAACGCAAAAGCUGGUCGAAUUGAGUACUGCCGAAAACGCAAACGGCUACGUGUUUCCGGCAGCGAUGGCAAGUUUGUAGAGAUCGACCAUUUGUCGAUCGGUGGAAAAAGAAUCAUGAGCGCUCAGGAGUUCAAUAACGGUUAUCUGAGUAAAACCAAUUCGGAAAAUAGAUUCUUUGAAUAAAGAAAACUAGUGAAACAGAAA